CACGUGCCGUUACCGCGGCCGGGGUGAGGCCGCCGUGGGCGCCCAGGCUGGUUGGAUCUGUGACUAGGGGAGGCGCCGGGGUGAUGGCGGUGGAGACUCUGUCCCCGGACUGGGAGUUCGACCGCGUUGACGACGGCUCACAGAAAAUUCAUGCUGAAGUCCAACUUAAGAAUUACGGGAAAUUUCUUGAGGAGUAUACAUCUCAAUUGAGAAGAAUUGAAGAUGCACUGGAUGAUUCAAUUGGUGAUGUUUGGGAUUUCAAUCUUGAUCCAAUAGCAUUAAAGCUUUUGCCUUAUGAGCAGUCUUCCCUUUUGGAACUCAUAAAGACUGAAAACAAGGUCUUGAACAAAGUCAUCACUGUUUAUGCUGCACUUUGUUGUGAAAUCAAGAAAUUAAAGUAUGAGGCUGAAACUAAAUUUUAUAAUGGUCUCUUGUUUUAUGGAGAAGGAGCUACAGAUUCCAGCAUGGUGGAAGGUGAUUGCCAAAUUCAAAUGGGAAGAUUUAUUUCAUUCUUACAGGAACUGUCUUGUUUUGUUACAAGGUGCUAUGAAGUGGUGAUGAACGUAGUCCAUCAAUUGGCUGCCCUCUAUAUCAGUAACAAGAUUGCACCCAAAAUUAUAGAGACAACUGGAGUUCAUUUUCAGACUAUGUAUGAGCACUUGGGAGAGCUGCUAACAGUUUUGCUUACCCUGGAUGAAAUUAUUGAUAAUCAUGUCACAUUGAAAGAGCACUGGACUAUGUACAAAAGGUUACUGAAAUCUGUCCAUCACAAUCCUUCAAAAUUUGGAAUUCAGGAAGAAAAACUAAAGCCAUUUGAAAAGUUCUUGCUGAAGCUAGAAGGGCAGUUACUUGAUGGAAUGAUAUUUCAGGCCUGUAUAGAACAGCAGUUUGAUUCUCUCAAUGGAGGAGUAUCUGUGUCAAAAAAUAGCACUUUUGCUGAAGAAUUUGCGCAUAGUAUUCGCUCAAUUUUUGCAAAUGUAGAAGCCAAACUUGGAGAACCUUCUGAAAUUGACCAGAGAGACAAGUAUGUUGGAAUUUGUGGACUUUUUGUACUGCAUUUUCAAAUUUUUCGAACUAUUGAUAAAAAGUUUUAUAAGUCUUUGUUGGACAUUUGUAAGAAGGUACCAGCCAUCACUCUAACUGCUAAUAUUAUUUGGUUUCCUGAUAAUUUUUUGAUCCAGAAAAUACCAGCAGCUGCCAAACUUCUAGACAGAAAAAGUCUUCAAGCCAUUAAAAUACACAGAGAUACUUUCCUACAGCAGAAAGCUCAAUCACUUACCAAAGAUGUACAGUCUUACUACGUCUUUGUGAGCUCAUGGAUGAUGAAAAUGGAAUCUAUUUUAUCUAAAGAGCAGAGAAUGGAUAAAUUUGCUGAAGAUCUCACCAAUAGAUGUAAUGUUUUUAUACAGGGCUUCUUAUAUGCAUACAGUAUUAGUACCAUUAUUAAAACCACAAUGAAUCUCUACAUGUCGAUGCAAAAGCCAAUGACCAAAACCUCAGUUAAGGCAUUAUGCAGGCUUGUUGAACUUCUCAAGGCAAUAGAGCAUAUGUUCUACAGAAGAAGCAUGGUUGUGGCUGAUUCAGUCUCACAUAUAACACAGCACCUUCAACAUCAGGCUCUUAAUUCUAUUUCUGUGGCAAAGAAAAGAGUAAUUUCUGACAAAAAAUAUAGCGAACAGCGUCUUGAUGUGCUCUCUGCUCUAGUUUUGGCUGAAAACACUCUAAAUGGACCAAGCACAAGGCAACGACGACUUAUUGUUUCUUUGGCACUAAGUGUUGGCACACAAAUGAAAACAUUUAAAGAUGAAGAACUCUUUCCACUGCAAGUAGUCAUGAAAAAGCUGGAUCUUAUCAGUGAGCUUAGAGAAAGAGUCCAAACACAGUGUGACUGUUGUUUUUUAUACUGGCACCGAGCUGUCUUCCCAAUUUAUUUAGAUGAUGUAUAUGAAAAUGCUGUUGAUGCAGCCAGAUUACAUUACAUGUUCAGUGCUUUACGGGACUGUGUACCUGCUAUGAUGCAUGCAAGGCAUUUAGAGUCCUAUGAAAUACUUCUGGAUUGCUAUGACAAAGAAAUUAUGGAAAUUUUAAAUGAGCAUUUACUGGACAAAUUAUGCAAGGAAAUAGAGAAGGAUCUGCGACUUUCUGUGCACACUCAUUUAAAACUGGAUGACCGAAACCCUUUCAAAGUUGGCAUGAAAGACCUGGCCCUUUUUUUCUCUUUGAAUCCAAUUCGAUUUUUCAAUCGUUUCAUUGACAUUCGAGCUUACGUAACUCACUACCUAGACAAGACUUUCUACAAUCUAACAACAGUGGCUCUUCAUGACUGGGCCACUUACAGUGAAAUGAGAAAUUUAGCUACCCAGCGUUAUGGAUUGGUUAUGACAGAGGCUCAUCUUCCUAGUCAGACUUUGGAACAGGGCCUGGAUGUUUUGGAAAUUAUGAGAAAUAUUCAUAUAUUUGUGUCUCGAUACCUCUAUAAUCUCAACAAUCAGAUUUUUAUUGAACGAACAAGCAAUAACAAACAUUUGAACACUAUUAAUAUUCGGCAUAUUGCUAAUUCAAUUCGAACACAUGGCACAGGAAUCAUGAAUACAACAGUUAAUUUCACCUACCAGUUUUUGAAAAAGAAGUUCUAUAUAUUCAGCCAAUUUAUGUAUGAUGAACAUAUCAAAUCUCGAUUGAUUAAAGAUAUUCGGUUUUUCAGGGAAGUCAAGGACCAAAAUGAUCAUAAGUAUCCUUUUGAAAGAGCAGAAAAAUUCAACCGUGGCAUCAGAAAACUUGGAAUUACCCCAGAGGGACAAAGCUACCUUGAUCAGUUCAGGCAACUCAUCAGCCAGAUUGAGUAA